AUGGGUUUCGAUUCGAAUCUGGGAGGCUCACCAUCUUCCUCUUCACCUAGUGGCAAACGCACCAGAGACCCCGAAGAAGAAGUUUAUGUCGACAAUCUUCGCUCUCACAAACGUUACCUAAGCGAGAUAAUGGCGUCGAGUCUUAAUGGAUUGACAGUUGGAGACUCACUUCCUGAUAAUCUCAUGGAAUCUCCGGCAAGGUCUGAAACUGCAUUCUCUCUCAGGGAUGAUAUUUCUUUGCAAUAUUCGCCAAUGUCAGAAGACUCGGACGACUCAAGGUUUUGCGAGACUCCAGUCCAUAGUUGCUUAACCCAUCUGGAUAGCCGUCCGAGUAGUCCAGUUUCUCCAUGUAGAUACCAAAGGCAACAAAACUCAUUUUCUUCAGCGCCUUCCACAAGUUUAAGUGCUUCUUCUCAUGGCUUUCCAGUCUCAGCAGUUACUUGCUCCCAGCCUCGUCAAAGAAGCUCAGACUCCGAUGGCCGCUUCCCAUCAUCUCCUAGCGAUAUAUGCCACUCAGCUGACUUAAGAAGAGCUGCACUUCUAAGAUCUGUGCAGAUGAGAACACACCCACCUGGCUCUGCAUCUUUGGACCUGCCAUUUGGUUCUGGUCAAGAGCCUGCCCCUAAUAUUGAUUCUGACGAAAGGCCAUGCUCAUACAUGAAAUCUCUGGUUGACGAGAGAGAUUAUCAAAUUGAAGAGUGUUCAUCAAUAGGUGUUCCGGAAACCGAGUUUAACCAUGACAAUAAGCCUUGCAGAGUCUUAAAUAUGAAUCCAAAAGCAGCAGAUUCCGGAGGUUAG